GAAUUUUAUUUUGUUUUGUUAUGGUGUAACAAUUAUUAUGAAUUAAUGUGGUGAUCUAGUUGGUGUCCAAAUUCCCCUACAUUCCACCUGUCAUUGGAAAAUUAUCAGCUGACAAUAAAAGCAUUAGAAAGCAAAAUAAAUGGCUGGUUUAAGACAAAUAUCAUGUUUUUGGUAUUUGGCGGCGUUCGCGGGGCUGUGUUUUCUCGAAUCAUACAGUAAUGUAGCAGCUGAAGAUGUCCUACCAUCGAAACUAAGCCAAAAUGUUGGUGCCCCAACCUUAAAAUUUUUGUAUUGUUAUUCCUGUGGUUAUCGAAAAACGUUCGAGCAAUAUGUAAAAAUCGUUGAACAGAAAUACCCGUUUAUAAUCGUUGAUGGUCAGAAUUACGACCCCCCAGGCUUCAACAUGUAUUUGGCCAGACUUAUUGGUAUCGUUAAAAUGGUCAUAAUCGUGUGUAUUUUGGGGGCCAUUAACAUAUUUGAAUAUAUUAACCAACCACAACCUUCAUGGUGGAUUUGGUGCACAGAAAACAAACUUUAUGCUUGCAUGAUGCUGUUUUUUGUAUGCAACAUUAUUGAAGGACAGUUGAUACAGUCGGGAGCUUUUGAAAUUUCUCUAAAUGACGUUCCUGUUUGGUCCAAACUAGAGACAGGGAGGAUACCACAACCUGCAGAGCUUUUCCAAAUCAUUGAGAAUCAUAUGCAGUUUACUGACAGCAAAAUUGAACUGAAUAACGGAUUUGCGAAGUAGAGUUUCUAUUAAUUAAAGGUGAUUGUAUUUUGUUAAACUGUUUUUAUAAUUUGUUGUGAGUCUGGUAGUGUCAUAAUUUUCUAUCUGGUCACUAUCACACCAGCAUUCAGUAUGUUUGUAUGUAUGAUUUAUAAAUAAUAACUAGAUUUGUGAUAAGUAAAAGUUGUACAUACCGA